UCAGCUGUGGACAAGUCGCAGGUCUGGAUCUGGAGUACGACAGCAUUGUGUUGCAAUAAUCCUAUUGUGAUUCAGUGAACCUUUGGAUAUAAUUUCGGGCAGCUAUUUUCUACAUUCAAAUUUGUGUGUCGUAGCCACUGGACUAUUGUAUCGAUGACUGCGGGUGAAUCUAAAGUGGGCUGAAUCUGCCGCGAUGUCGUUCGUCAGUUAUGCCAUCACCAUGAGAACGGUUUGGUCAUGUGAUCGCUUUUGACGCUAUCGCUAUUAUUCGGCUGGCGUUGAACGCAAAGACGGCACCUCAUCCUGGAUAAAGAAGGAACUGACAACGUGUUGUGUGGACACGUAUGGAGAUCUUUACAAGCGAGCCACACCAUGGCACCGGAUAAUGAGAAUAAUGAUAAACCAAGCCAAGAGGAGAGUGACUCUCACAUGCGUCAGCGCUUGGUGAACAGUCUCAGUCAGAGCUUCCCCGGUAGUGCCCUGUCCAGGGCUCUCAAACUCAUGGAUCCCCUAGACGAAUGCGACGGUGAUUUGGAUCCGUUGAACAGCAGCUGUUAUGCAGAGAUUUCACUCGAAAAGGGACCGAUUGAUGACGAUGAACUUACGAGUCUUUCAUGGUUACAAGAUACGGAUUUGUUGAAGAAUAUACAUGCUGGGGAGGAAGGCGGGGCACAGGACGGUCAGAAGGAGAACAAUGACGGUAUUAAACUUGAACCUAAAGACGGUGCGCCGCAGAUGCACCCACCGCACGUACCGUACAAUCCUCAAAAACACAUCAAUAGCAAACCGCCUUACUCUUUCAGUUGCCUGAUCUUUAUGGCAAUCGAGGACUCACCGCAGAAGCGGUUGCCGGUCAAGGACAUAUACUCAUGGAUAUUAACCCACUUUCCUUACUUCCAAAAUGCUCCGACGGGCUGGAAAAACUCUGUGCGGCAUAAUCUCUCGUUGAAUAAAUGUUUCAAGAAAGUGGACAAGGAGAAGGGACAGAGUAUUGGCAAAGGAUCGUUAUGGUGCAUCGACCCGGAGUACCGGCCGAACUUAUUACAGGCGCUCAAGAAGACCCCGUAUCACCCCUAUCAUCAGCUGCAAAUGCUUGCCAGCCCACAGCCUCAGUAUGCACUCUCAGGAGCACACAGGCCUCUUCCACUCACCACACGCAUCAACAUUAAUACCCCCUCACCUCAUUUGUUCCCGUUUCUUAGCAAGAGGCUUGCUCAGUCUAAACUUAACUCAGAGCUGGAUAUCGAUGUUGCCAACACACUUGUCUCGCUGAAGGGAGGAUCUGGUUCAUAUCGGGCGUCAGAAAAUCCCCGGUUGAAACCUCUCACUCCUUUGAAUGUGUUUCAAAAUGGAACAAACGGACGGAACUAUCGUGACCGGUCACCGUCGCCGCCUGAGUUUGGCUCGGAGAAAAACCAUCGGAGAAGAUUCAGUCCUUACAGCACAAAGAAGCGUUCAGGAUCUCCUAUAGUCUAUACAUCUAGUCCCAGCGAAGAUCACACCUAUAGUGUCAGCAGUUCGCAGGAAGGACCAUUAGGCAGCCCAAAUUCAACUCGCUCCUCAAUUGACGAAGAGUACGAAUUUGGCCACAAAGGCAACGAAGCGUUUAGCGACGUUGAAUCUUCAGACGGCAGUUACAAUAGCGAUGCAAGCGAUUAUGAUGAGAGCGACUCCAAGAUGGAGGACCAGAGCGAAAUCUUACAGCGGAAAUUCAAAAUGUUGUCGCUUCCCGUGAAGAAACGGUACAGCCGUGUCAUUAUGCAGGAGGAGGAAGAAGCGGCCAAGAUCAUGUCAGGAGCAGAUGCGCUGCUGAAUUUAGCCGGCAUCAAAACGUCGCAUAUUGUUCCGAUGCGGUCGAUUAGUCCCGUGAAUAACAAUAACAGUAUUGUCGUGAAGAAGGAGAUGAACGUCAGUUCUUAACAGCAGGAGAGAAAAAUUACACAGCACUGAUUAAAAAAACUGUGUCCAGCAUUUUAGCCAGGCAACUCAGGACGAUAUUUAUUAAUAACAGUUUCAAUAAAUUGUUUUGGGAAAUUUUCAACAGGCUUUAAAUAGUCGAUCUGCAUUUUGAAUCUGCUGCUGGUGAGGACUAGGUCACACUUUAGCGUUGUUAUGUGUUCAUAAUGUGGUUUAUUUUGAAACAAACUAGCAAACUGUGGCAUGGCGUACAGGGAAUUUGAAAUUCCUGAAAUGGACGCACAGCCAAUUCGCUCCAUAUGUCAGCAGUAUUUGAACUAGGUGCAGUCAUGUGAAAUAGGCAGUUGACAAGCUUGUGUUUUGACGUUCGCGAUAUUGUCAAUGCUCAGUAUGGAAAGUAUUGUUUUAACUAAUCAUGGGUCGUUUCUAAUCUGGUAUUUUCUCUACAAACCUUUGGUGCGGUGUUUGAAUCUAAUAUGGAUGCUGCUUCCCCCCUACACCAUGUCUUGAGUGUUUCUGGCUCAAUUUCACUUGUUUUAAUGUGUUUAGGUGCUUCUCUGUGCACAAAGUGAAUACAAGUACACACUUGUAUGUGGCUUUGAUGUCUGUUAAAUGACCUGAUGUCGUAUUUGUGCAAAUAUUGCUCAUCCUGCACGGAUAUUUUAUGCCAUUUCUACAGCAUUUAGCUUUGAAAUUUUGUUGAUCACCACCAGGGUGCAGCAGUGUACAGGCAUGUGUUCAAAGUCUUGUCCAAAGGGGCCAAGGCUGUCGUCUUACUCUGUGCUUUAGUUGUAUUUAUGAAUGAAACAAACUGCCAAAAUUUAUUUCCGCCGUGUGCAAUUUGUGCGAAAUGUUAACACGAAUUUAAAUACACUUGGAAAAUCUUAAUUUGGGGCAGUAAUGAAGUAUUAACCAAUGAGGAACACAAUGUGAUAUAGAUGUACGUUCAUGUAAUAGUGUAACUUGCACUGGUUUGGGUCUCUUAAUUUGUAAAUAUUAUUGUAUUGUAAUUUAGUUUGGGUACUGCCAUAAUCAUAAUCAUGAUCAAAAUGCCUACAUGAUGUAAUAAUUGUGGUGCAUUGGUUAGGCUGUUCAACGAAUUGACGGUAUAAAGGGAUAUAGUUAGCAAGUGAGACACAACCCAUAUCUUCGACCCAAUAGAAUGCCAAAGAAUUUGAUUACAUCGUUUUUGUGAAAUGAAAAAUGGUGAAGUCUUUGCCAAAACUUCGAACUUGUGUUGUAUCCGGGUGAAUGUUGUAGGACUAGUGUUCAUUGAGAUACCAUGCGGGCACUUGGACCUGUAGAAAUGUGGCAAGAAACUCACAAGUGCUGAAAUUACUCGUUGAAAUAUUGAGAACAGUCUGAUCUGUACAUCAUGGUAUCCGCAAGUAGUGCUCUAUAGGUUUCUGGGCACCUUGUACAGAACUUAUGCAAAUAAAUUGAAACUCAUUUUGGUACCAGUAAUGUAUGGUAAGUUUUAAUGGAAGUAUUAUAUUUUCCAUUGAACUGUUCAAGUGUCAUUUUCCUCAUACAAUUUUGUUGUAUUUACAAAUAGUUAAGUUGUUAUACAUGUAUACCCAGGAACCAAUAGAUUUAAUGAUUGAGAAGUACAUUGUAUAUCUAGAACUAUAGUCCAUUUAUUCUAACCUGAGUCGAUCGGUGGACACUUUAAUGUAAAGGUGGCGCUUACACAAAGCAUAAUGAUUGGUGGGUCACUCAGUCAACACAGCAGCCACUUCAGAACUUGACCUUUAACUUUUGAUGAUGACAUUUAUCACUACCAUUUCUUGUUCUUGAAAAGAUAGCUGGGGGAAUUUUCAUUACAAUUUGUUUUGGAUCACAGACUUCAGUUGCCAUUUGCAAAGGUUGCUGUGCAUAAGGUCUAGCCCAGACAAUAAGGUUCUUCCAGUUAUUAUUAUCAAUUAUUAUUAUUAUUAUUAUUAUUAUUAUUAUUAUCUUGAUAAUGAUCAUUAUAUUUUUUCGUGUUCUGAAGAUUUAUAUUGUGAUAAAUAUGAACACAAGUGAACAAGCAUGUUUUGUAUUAAGGAAUUGGUGUGAGGGAAAGAAAUUUCUGAGUUGAAAACUGUUUCGCGUAGGAUAAAUGUAGAGUCAAUCCAGCUAUUAUUGAGAUGUGUUUCAGACCAUAGACCUCCCGAAUGGGGGGGGGAGGGUGUCGGAGGUUGCGUGAGGACUCGAGGGACCCUUAAUCGAGGGCUCAAGGUUGAUGAAUAAAGGGCUCAAAGUCAAAGAGCCCAUUCUUAUUGUUUGAAAUAAGUUCAAGGGGCUAUUAUGAUGUUUACAAAAAAGUUCUUUUUUUCGUGAUAUAUAUUUUGAAAGUUUGUUUUGAAAUUCAAUUUCUGCCAACAGAUGUUUUCUGUCAAUCGUGUAUCAAUAAAACAGAUCAUAGUUCAAACUGAUUAAAGCCAAAAUUAAAUUUUGAUUUAUUUAAUUUGUCGGCCCAAUUAAAGUGUUGUCAUUUUGACAUUGGUGUACUGCGUGUUCAACUUGAUGAAUUAUGCAUGAAUACUCUUCCCUGAGUGGUCAUGUAAUAAAAGUUGGAAAACUAUUUGUUUAUUAGUCAGAUGUUCAUCAGAUAUUACAAAAUGCCAAAUUAUCUGCGAUUUCUAUUCCAUGGAUUUGAAUGAAUUUGAUCAUGACCAAUUUGUUUGGUUGAAAUAGUAAAAUUGUUCAAUAGAAUUCUAAGAUGAAGAAAGAUCUCACAUUGUCACUUUUCACUGCAAUAAUUGAAGAAUUGAUACAUGUAUUUGAUUUGAAGUGGCAAUGAUUCGAUUUAUUUAUUCUGGAGUUUCAACACUGUCGUCAGUCUCAUCAUAAAAAUUAACUUAUGAAGAAUAUUCGUUGGAACUUGUCGGUUGUGAAACAUUGCUGAGUGGUGAGAAUGGUGUGAAGUAUUUAAAAAUGUCGAAUGUUUGUAAAUUGGUGCAUCUUCAGCUAUAUGAAUAUAUGGGCAUGUGCACCAUGUUUAAACUGUCAUAAGGUCACAUGUUUUUGUCUGUUGGUUUCUGAGGCAGUUCUCGUUGGGAAAAACAUGGUUAAAAACUCUCUUUUUUAAAGGAAUAUGUGAAAAAAUGUGUCAUGGCGGGUUCGUCAUUGCAACUUUGUAGAAAACUUAAAACUUCAAUGACAUGUUCACAUGGUUGUCAGAUCUGAAAAUCCCAAAAUUCAGGUUGGCUGUCCCAUAAACCAGGAAAUAAAAUACUAGUGGCCUAAACCAUCGGUGGUUUCAUUUGAAGUUUGCCAGAAGUUUCGUACAUAACUGUACAUAGUCUUAUAUCUCCUGUACAGCUGUUCUGUCAGACUUCUUGAGACACACUCUAGUUGAGUAGGUCGAAUAUAUAUUUUGUACAAAUCUAUAAGAAAACAUUACAAAAUGAAAAAAAGGAGUUUUAGUUGUCACUAUGCAGAAUUGGGGUUUACACAGGGGUUUCAUUUCUCUUAUGAUGCAAAACUGCCUGGCUGUGGACUUGAUGCCACUUUGACAUGCGCAGAAGGUGAAGAGGCAGCAAGAUAACGCGGUGUUAGCUGUAUCUAGUGUCAUUUAAAGGAGGAUUGGUGAUUUUAAAAGACCUAGGGUCUCUGGAGGUUUUUGUGGCAUAGUCUCAAUGGUCAGGUUCGCACUGGGUAGUUCUGGUCAAUGAGAAUGAUUUGAAUUAGUUCUUUCAUUAAUGAUGCGAUUUUAUUGCUCAUAACAUUUUUAUACGAUGAAUGAUAUUUCAGGGGUGUAUUCUUACCAGGUUUGGUUUCAAUCUCCAUGUUAAAAGUCAAAGUUAACGAAUCGAUCCAUGGUAAAUGCGGUACAACUUCUGUGUCUCAAACCUGGACAGACUCUUAACCUUGACUUGAAAUGAAGUAGACCUAAUAGUGUCAUAUACUUACAAUGUCAAUAUGAUAUUUGUAGCUUGUAGAUAACUUUGCAUUUCUGUAGACAAUUUUACAACUGGUCGCAUUUGGUGGAGGAUUCCCUCUCCUGGUACUAUGCUUGACAUGGUCUUCGAAACUUUGGUCUUGCUGUCCUCAAUAUUGUUGUACAACGUCUUGGGUUUGGUGACAAUUUCAUGUUUCAUAUGAAACUUUAGAUUUUUUUUUUUAGAAUUUUUCAGUAUGCUAUAAUGGUUUGAUUUUAAUCUUCCAAAUAGGGAGGGGUCAGUUACUUGACUAUUACUGGUGUGAUAUGUUCCAUGGUAUCAAGUCAUUCUAAGACUUAAUGAUAUGUAAUUGGUUGCAUCAAGGAAAGUUAGAAAUUGGGACAUCAUACGGUAUUUUAUAUUUCGCUUUUAAUUUUAUCAUCAGAGAAGAAGUUUAUUUACUCUAUUUCAAUUUCAAGGAUGGUGUAAAAUCGAUUUUAGUUAAAUUCUACUUCUAUUUACCCUUUUAGAAGUAUGCAGUUCAUUUCGCUCUUGGCUGAAAUAAGUGUGUUUCAGCCAUGUUUUUCAGGAAAAGUUUUGUUUAAUUCUUUGCUUUGACGUAGUUCUCAAAGUUAGGUAAAUGUAGGCUUCAAUUUGAGUUACCAAAAUUGUACUAGGCAGGCAGCUGGUUAAUCCAGGAGCAGUGCAAUAAUACGAUGAACCUGUCUGUCAGCCAGAAUGCAUUUAAGUGAUCACUUUACCUUUGCAAUAUUAGUUGUUUGAGAAUGAAAUAUAUUCAGUUCAUAACUGUUUUCUUCUCAAAAAUGGAUACUUUGAAAAGUAACUACAAAGGUGCAAUUGAAUCGAUUAGAAGUAGCAGCUUCGACUCAAAAGCUGCUAUUAACUUGGUUAAAUUGAAGGGUAAAUCCAGGCCCUGUUGGGCAACUCGGUACUUCUUUAAAAAGGGUGUAAUGCAUAUGAAGAGUUUAGAUGAAAAAGCCUCCUAACGCCAUUCUGAAAAAAAAGAGGCGACUGGGUGAUUGGAGCUAACAGUACCCGGGAUCUGAAUACUGAAGUGUUAUUUGCAAACCCGCAAAAUUCUAUUGAAUUCAAACUCAAAAGUCCUGAUGUGGAUUUAGUGCCUUUUGCAUCUUAACUCUUCAUACACCUAUUCAGAGAGUGAAAGAGUGCUGUAUAAUGUAAAUUCUAUACUAUUUUGUCAAAAGUUGGAUUGUUAUGAUAAAUGGGGAGGGAAGUCAAGUUUUUCGCCGACCUGAGCAUUGAUGCCAACCAGUACAUACUAUUGCAUUUCUUGAAAAAUAUACAAUUCGAUUUUUAUUCAUCCA